AUGAUCUGUCGACAGUGCCGCUCGUCUCUUCUCUCCCGGCUCCCUUCCUCCCGACCUGCAUCGGCCGCAUACUCAUAUUCUCACAUCCCAUCGCGGCAACCGCACCGAUUCUACAGCGCUGCGACACCAGCAGCACCAGCAGCCGAUGCAGCCUCUCCCGCCUCUCCAAAGACAGCUACCAAGGCAGCUCCGAAGAUAGUCAGCAGUGUUCCCGCUGGUACCAAGCUAGCUGGAUUGAACUACGAGAAGAACAAGCAGGAUCCAAUUGCGCUAGAAGACCAUGAAUAUCCAGACUGGCUGUGGACAUUACUGGAUAAGACUGCAAAGAAAUCAGAGACUGGAGCAGGCUCAGUUGAUGUCUCGAAUAUGAACAAGAAGGCUCGCAAGAAGCAUGAGAAGAAGAUGGCUGCGCUAGCUGCUUCUCAACCGCGUGCUAUCCCCGUCCACGAACAGGCUACUGACAUCACGCCCGCCGAGUACAAUGCCGCUACUACUGGAGAGGCGGCGACUGAUAACCUGGAGACAGCUACUGCUGGACUCGAAGCUCGAAGCGAAAUCACCAAAUCUGCUCGUAAUGCAAGACGGAAAGCCAUUAAGGAAUCUAACUUCUUGCGUGGCUUGUAG